ACUUUCCAUUAUUCAUCAUCUCGUCUUUGAUAGACUCGAGCUACUUGCAGAAAAGUUAACCGAUUCCACCGAAAUGGCGGACUUUGAAUACAUGAACGCCAGAGAGGCGACUGAAGGCACUGGACCAAAACCUCCAUUGGAUUUGAGCCACCAUUUCUCAAGAGUGACGGUUGCGAGGAAGGAGAGCAGUGUCAAGGGGUUCUACAAGUAUUUCCAGAUCCCUGGCAUUGGGAAUCUAGCUGGUGGUCUGCCAAACGCUGGUUUAUUUCCAUUUGAUACACUCGAAGCUCAAAUCGCACAGCCCGAACGAUGGAAACCGACCCCAAAUCUCCCCAACGACCCAAGCAAGGACCUGUCAGAACAGCUCGAGCAGACCAAGCUCCAGAAGGGCAGAGAUGUUGCUGCAGGAAUACAUAUGACGGUGCCGCAUACUUCUGCGGUCACUGAUCUGAUGAAAAAGAUUGAUUUGACCACUGCGCUCCAAUAUGGGACAGCUCAAGGCUAUCCUCCUCUUCAUUCCUACUUGCGACAAUUCGCACGCGAUGUUCUGCAUCCAAAUAUACCAUAUAAGGACGGCGCAGAUAUUAUCCUCACAUGUGGUAGCACAGAUGGGCUUUCGAAAUCCCUUGAAGCGUUGAGCAAUGUCUGGAGUGAGGAAAGAGAUUGGAUCAGAGAGAGACCUGGAAUGCUUGUGGAGGAGUUUGCAUAUAUGAACGCAGUCCAAGGUGCACGCCCAAGAGGAAUCCAAGUUGUGCCCGUGAAGAUCGAUUUGGAGGGAAUGCUUGCAACAGGCCCCGGAGGCUUGGAGGAUGUUCUGGAGAAUUGGGAUGAAUCAAAGGGGAAGAGACCACAUUUGAUGUACACUGUGACAAUUGGACAAAAUCCCACUAGCGGAACACUUUCAAUUGGAAGACGAAAGGAAAUUUAUGCUCUCUGCAGCAAGUACGACGUUAUAAUCAUUGAGGAUGAUCCGUAUUGGUAUCUCCAAUUCCCUUCAGCAGCUGGAAACGAAGCAAUGGCUCGAAACCAACCACCACCCGUUGCCCAACCGGUUCACACUUUCGCCAAAAAGUCAGGCUACGAUUUCAUUGAUAGCCUUGUACCAUCAUACUUGAACGUUGACUACGAUGGCCGAGUUAUCCGUCUGGACACCUUUUCCAAGACUGUCGCUCCUGGUUGUCGUCUUGGUUGGAUUACAGCACAACCUGCAAUCGUUGAACGUAUUCUUCGCAUUACAGAGACAUCUACCCAACAACCAUCAGGAUUCGUGCAAUCCAUGAUCUCAGAAUUGGUUAUGGGACCACAGCCCGUAAUGGCCGAGUUUGCAAAGAAGUCAAAGACCGAGCAAUUGUCGUUCUCUGGCUGGAAGACCGAUGGCUGGGUCCGUUGGCUGGCUGGUCUUCGCGGCACUUAUGAGCGUCGCAUGAACAGAAUGUGCAGCCAUCUCGAAGAGGGUCGAUUCUUGGUCAAACAAGGCACUCCCAUCAAAGCCUCUGACUCCGAUUGGGCCGUCAUCUCCAAGACUAAGAUGUACUCCUUCGAUUGGCCUCGCGGAGGAAUGUUUAUCUGGGUACAGAUGCACUUCGAUUCUCACCCCUUGGCAGGCGAAGUCGCAGGUUCUAAAUUGGCGUCUGCUCUAUGGAUCUUCUUGACCACGAAGCCAUGGCUAGUCCUCGCUUCACCAGGUGCAAUCUUCAGUCCUACGCCAGAGAUUAUGGAGAAGGAGGGAUGGAAGUAUUUCAGAUUGUGUUUCGCAGCUGUGUCGGAGGAAGAAGUGGAGAAGAGCAGCAAGAGAUUCGCGGAGGGCAUUAAGGCAUUCUGGAUGAUUAGGGACAAGAAAGAGAUUGAUGAUCUGUUGGACGAGCAGAGGGUAGAGAGUGCGGAGAAGGGUGAGCUGCUGGAUUUGGGGAUGGGAUUUGCUUGUUAAAUUGAGCUUGGUGGGGUGGGCGGGGAUACAAGUAGGCGUUUUGUUUCACAUUUAGAUUGAUCAUGAGCUAAUGAAUAAACGAUGACUUACCUGCUUGUAUCAUGUUAUUUAAGAUCGGGAAACUGGUAUGCAAAGCUAUCCGAAGCUACGAUGUAUAAAACAGAUUUAUAUCUUUGCCGUCAAAUUAUGGAUAUUAUGAUUAGUGGGAACUGAUAUAUAGAGCGUGUGCCCAACAGAAGAGGCAGAAAGCAGUCGUACACCAAGGGUCCGUCC